AUCCUCAGAUAACCUCAUAGCAUCACGACAACUACCUUCAUACUUCUCCGUUCUCACUCCUUUUUUACAGUUCCACUUGGAGCCCAUAAAACAACAUGGCCAACCCACGAGUAGAAGAGCUUCCUGACGAGGAAGUCCCAAAGACCACUGUUGAAGAUGCUGGCGAGAGCUCUGAAUCCGAGGCUGAGGCUGCUGAGGAGCCAACCAUCCCAGGCGGUGCCGCCAUUACUGUCCACUCCCGCAACGAAAAGAAGGCUCGCAAGGCAAUUGGCAAGUUGGGAUUGAAGCACGUUCCCGGAAUCACUCGUGUUACCCUUCGCCGCCCCAAGAACAUCCUCUUUGUCAUCAACCAGCCAGACGUGUACCGCUCCCCCUCCAGCAAUACGUGGAUCAUCUUCGGUGAAGCCAAGAUCGAGGACUUGAACUCCCAGGCCCAAGCGUCCGCUGCCCAACAACUCUCUGCCGCAGAGGCUGCCGGAAACGGAGAACACGCUGGCCACGAGCACAUCGAUCUCGGCAAGGGCAAGGCUCCUGAGACUGAAAAGAAGGAAGAGGAGGAGGAGGAAGAGGGUGAGGUUGAUGAGACUGGUCUUGAGGCCAAGGAUAUCGAAUUGGUCAUGGCGCAGGCCAACGUAUCCAGAUCAAAGGCUAUCAAGGCUCUCAAAGAGAACGAUAACGACAUCGUCAACUCUAUCAUGGCUCUAAGCGUAUGAGAAGAUCCGUCGUUGAGCUGACGGGACAUCUUCGUAUGCUGCUCGUUCUUUCUACCAUUUUUUUUAAUUGGCUUCGGGAUAUAUGGAUCUCUACGAGGCGCCUGUAAAUCAUCGGAUUCAAAAAGUCGUCUAGUUGAACAGCAUCCGAAUGAAUUUUACAAUAU